AUGGCUGCCGCCGCCGCUCCUCAACAGUGGGUCGCACCGACAGGGGCCACAGCAUAUCCCAAGAUUGGAGUGAUUCUCGGGUGCGCCCCAGACGACGGGGACGUGGAUCUCGCAUACAAGAUUCUAGGCUUACACAGCAGAGACGCCGCUAUACCGGCAGUCCGGCCGCCGGCUCACGAGUUCGUGCACUGGUGCAACCGCUUAAUUGCCAAAACCUAUGAGGAAAGUCUCGAGUUCCAGCUCGGGUCCGUCGGCCACCGGCGGUUCCUCGAGGCUAGCAGACGGGUCCGGUCAGCCAUGCACACAAUUUCCGGGAUCCGGCGGCCCGGGCACGAAGAUUGGCAGAUAUUUGAGAAUACGUGGAUCAGUCACUGGAAGCCUAAUGGUACUUGUGACGAUGCGCCGGUUGACUUGACGAUUGCCAACUGGGAUCAGAAUGUGCCUACUCCUGCGACGAAGACUAUUUUCGAUGCGACGUAUGGGCCUGAUAGACAGAAAGAGAGGGACGAUCGGGCGCGAGAUCAUCGGAAGAUGGGUAAGACGUGGAUGGCGACGAAAAACAUGGUUCGGGAUGCGCGAGAAAAGGAGGCUGAGGAAUGGCAAGAUCUUGUUGCUUGUUAUGGGUUUCAGGCUAGGACGAAUUUCCGAUUUAAGGGCAACGAUCCUGAGUUUCACGAGGUCGAGACGGAUGACGAGAACGAUGAGGGAGAAAAUGAUGAGGGGGAGGAAGAAGAAAGUGGAGAGCAGGAAGAAGACGCAGAAAUGCGGGAUAAGAAUACCGAGGAGCAGGGAGAGGAUGCCGCCGAGCAAGAGGAGAGCAACAAUACGUAA